AUGUUCCAUUAUUCCCAACUACCGACUGAAUUGAAAUGCUUAACGUUGAAAGCGACUCGAUUAGAGGAUUCUCUACAAGUAUUUCGAGCAGCCAAAAAGUCAGGACGACAUCUUCUUCAAGAUUAUCUCCCAAGGAAAAUCGCCUCUCUUGAUGUGCAGAUUCCUGUGUAUUGUAAUCAAAACGGCGACGAGAUCACCUACAAAACCGUGUUCACGGUCACUCUCAAAGAAUUGAAUUUGCAAUUUCGAAUUCAUGAGUUCAACGUUGAGGUCAUUGAUUUGAAGACUGCAGCAAAAACGUGUAUCAAUGUGUCUGGAAAAAUAUUUUGGAGAAUUCUAUCCAAAAUCCGGGCCAUCAAAGAAUUCCGUCUCUGUUGUGCCCCACAUUUUGGAUCGGGUGACCGAGCUGAGCGGAGAUUCAAGAGACUUCUCGAUGCUGACCUAUUCUUUCCAAAUCUUCACUUUGUUGAUAGAUUCGAACUGAUGACAAGCUCCCCAGAAUUCCUGGAAAUUCACUUUUCUCAUUCCACCGUGAAAAGCUUUAACCAGUUCAAGUUGUCAUUUGAUUGGCCGGAGACGAGCGAGAAGGAGGCGUUGACACUAUUAGACUACGUUUUUCUCUGUCCACCCGUUCGACGAUGUCCUCAUUUCAUUUGGUCUGGGAAACGAAUGCCUUGGCCUCAGAUUGCACAACUCUCACCGGUGCUGCUAGCUUUUCAGGUUGACGAGAUCUCGUGGCUCAAAUUCGCUCAAAUGCCAAAGGAAUUGUUGACAGGUCGAUUGAAAGAGCGACAAAACACGGUGAUGUUGAUCGAAGCAAAAUACAACACCCACGACACCUUGGAUGAGCUGUUUCUCGAGUUUUGCGAGAUUUUCGACAGGGUCAAGUGUGUGCACGAGGACGGGCAUCGAGGGUUCCUCGAGUUUUUGGCGGGAUCCUAUAUUCCUGGGAAAGCUUCCUACAUGGAAAAGCUUAAAGAUCCUAAUACAAUGAAUUUCUUUUUCAAAAAGCUACACCGAUCUGGUCGAGUUACCGCCAUUGGAUGUGCUAGCUUAUACCAAGGAUCGAGUAUUGGUUCGAGAAAUGGUUCUCCAUUCAUCUAUCGGAUUUUCGUCCGGCAUCUAUCGACG